AUGACGUGUAAGAUUCAUGCAGCAGGAGACGGGAGCAUGCGGCUCGCGUUGGACGCCUACGAGGCUGUUCGGAAGCAGAACCCUAACGGCCCGAAGCACGAAAUUGCGCACUGCAAUGCGGUCCAUCCAGAUGACGUGUCGCGAAUUGCACGCCUUGGCCUCACCGCAGAAAUGUCUCCAGCGGUCUGGCACUCUCCAAUGGUGCAGGCUGCGCCCCAUCUACUGAGGUGGCCAUUCAAUGAUAUUUUGGCAACAGGCGCGCACAUGACAAUUGGCUCGGACUGGAUCCUAACUCCAAGCCCGAGUUUGUUUGAUCCACUUGCACAUCUGGUGGAGAAUCUGGAGGUGCCUGGCCCAGUUCAGGAAGGCCUCACCAAAAAACAGGUCGCUGCUGCUGCGCUCUGUCGGAUGAUCACGCUGGGAGGUGCUGAAGCUGUGGGCAGACAUCGCCUGCAGGGUAGCAUUGAAGUGGGGAAGAUGGCAAACUUUAUUGCUGUUGAUCGGGACUUUAGUCAGGGAGAGUUUGCGGGAGCUACUGUCUUGAAGACUUGGUUCGAGGGGCGACAGGUGUACAGUUCUGUGUCAGGGCAGUUGGGGUUGUAG